UGGCCCGCCCUCUGCAGGUGAAGGCUCGGUCGCUCCUAGGGCCUAUGAACUCAUGGUGGCUGUCACCCCAGCCCCACUACCUGCACGGAGGUAUCCCAAAGUUAAAGGAGUCCUGGAUUUGGGGCAGAGAUCCAGCCCCUGCAGCCGUCUGGGACCCGCAUCCCCGCCCCGGCCUGUGACCCAUUGACCAGCAGGAAUCCAGCCAUGGUGAAUGAGGCCAGAGGAAGUGGCAGCCCCAACCCCCGAUCUGAGGGCAGCAGCGGCAGUGAGAGCUCCAAGGACAGUUCGAGAUGUUCCACCCCCAGCCUGGACCCAGACCGGCACGAGAGACUCCGGGAGAAGAUGAGGCGCAGAAUGGACUCUGGUGACAAGUGGUUCUCCCUGGAAUUCUUCCCUCCUCGGACUGCUGAGGGAGCUGUUAACCUCAUCUCAAGGUUUGACCGGAUGGCAGCAGGGGGCCCCCUCUUCGUAGAUGUUACCUGGCACCCAGCUGGAGACCCUGGCUCAGACAAAGAGACCUCCUCCAUGAUGAUUGCCAGCACAGCAGUAAACUACUGUGGCUUAGAAACCAUCCUGCACAUGACCUGCUGCCAGCAGCGCCAGGAGGAGAUUACAGGCCAUCUGCACAGAGCCAAGCAGCUCGGCCUGAAGAACAUAAUGGCGCUCAGGGGAGACCCUGUAGGUGACCACUGGGAAGCAGAGGAAGGAGGCUUCAGCUAUGCCACAGACCUGGUGAAGCACAUCCGGAACGAGUUCGGCGACUAUUUUGACAUCUGUGUGGCAGGUUACCCAAGAGGCCACCCCGAUGCGGAGAGCUUCGAGGAUGAUCUGAAGCAUUUGAAGGAGAAGGUAUCCGCAGGCGCCGACUUCAUCAUCACUCAGCUCUUCUUUGAGGCGAGCACCUUCUUCAGUUUUGUGAAGGCCUGCACAGAGAUAGGCAUCUCUUGCCCUAUCCUGCCUGGGAUCUUCCCUAUUCAGGGCUACUCUUCCCUUCGGCAGCUUGUAAAACUGUCCAAGCUGGAGGUGCCACAGAAGAUCAAGGAUGUAAUUGAGCCGAUCAAAGACAAUGAUGCAGCCAUCCGAAACUACGGCAUUGAGCUGGCUGUGAGCUUGUGCCGGGAGCUGCUGGACAGUGGUUUGGUGCCAGGCCUCCACUUCUAUACCCUCAACCGCGAGGUGGCCACCAUGGAGGUGCUAAAGCAACUGGGCAUGUGGACUGAGGACCCCAGGCGCCCCCUGCCCUGGGCUGUCAGUGCGCACCCCAAGCGCCGGGAGGAAGAUGUGCGUCCCAUCUUCUGGGCCUCCAGACCAAAAAGCUACAUCUACCGCACACAGGGCUGGGAUGAGUUUCCUAACGGCCGAUGGGGUAACUCUUCCUCGCCAGCCUUUGGGGAGCUGAAAGACUACUACCUCUUCUACCUGAAGAGCAAGUCCCCCCGGGAGGAGCUACUGAAGAUGUGGGGUGAGGAGCUCACCAGCGAAGAGAGUGUCUUUGAAGUCUUUGAGCACUACCUCUCAGGAGAGCCGAAUCGCUAUGGCUACAGAGUGACCUGCCUGCCCUGGAACGAUGAGCCGCUGGCCGCGGAGACCAGCCUGAUGAAGGAGGAGCUGCUUCGGGUGAACAGGCUGGGCAUCCUCACCAUCAACUCCCAGCCCAACAUCAACGCAAAGCCAUCCUCGGACCCUGUCGUGGGCUGGGGCCCCAGUGGGGGCUAUGUCUUCCAGAAGGCUUACCUAGAGUUCUUCACCUCCCGUGAGACCGUGGAGGCUCUUCUGCAAGUGCUGAAAACGUAUGAGCAUCGAGUCAACUACCACAUCGUGGAUGUGAAGGGAGAGAACAUCACUAAUGCCCCUGAGUUGCAGCCCAACGCUGUGACAUGGGGCAUCUUCCCUGGUCGAGAGAUCAUCCAGCCGACUGUGGUGGAUCCCAUCAGCUUCAUGUUCUGGAAGGAUGAGGCCUUUGCCCUGUGGAUCGAGCAGUGGGGCAAGUUAUACGAGGAGGGGUCCCCUUCGCGCAUGGUCAUCCAGUACAUCCAUGACAACUACUUCCUGGUCAACCUGGUGGACAACGAGUUCCCGCUGGACAGCUGCCUGUGGCAGGUGGUAGAAGACACGUUCAAGCUGCUCAACAGGCUCACCACGGAGAAAGAGGCACAAGCCCCGUGAGGCUGCAUCCCAGGGUCCUCCUCUCCCGGAGCCCAUCUCCCUCAUCUCUCCAUACAGGGUAAUGGCAGCUAGACUGGCAGGAAGCAUCCAGGCUCUGGCUGGACCUGAGAUGCCCCAUUGCCUCAGGAGGCUGAUGCUCUCUGCUCAAGCCCACAGCCCAUGUUCUUACAGUGGCAGGUGCCUCCAUCCUCAACACCGGUGCACCAAGGCAGCCAGUAGGAAGUGAACUUUGACCUGGGGCCUAUGUGAGACUGGCAGUAGGCACUCGUCCUGAAGGACAUAGGAAGAGAUGUGGCAAAUGAGGGUACAGAAACCUCCUCCCUACUCAGCAGGCUUACACACCAGCUCCCCAGGAGAGGCCUGGCUGCUAACACAAGCUUUCUUGCCAUCUUAGGCCAAAGAGUGCAGGAGUUCCAUGUCUUCCACGGGGCUUCGGAAGGUUGUGUCUGUUCUGUAGCUGGGAAGAAAGUGCCCCUUAAGGGUUAAAGGCAUUCUGGCCUCAGUGGAGGUUUACUCUUGGCCUUGUUUUCUGUCCUCGUAACCAGAUUCACUUGGGCAGGGCUGUGUGCAGCCCACUCUCUGCUUCUGAGCAGACUCUCCUGCCAGCUGCUGUCUUCUCUGUUGGGCCUAGACUAGGAGCUGUCUCUGGCACUGCUCCCCAGUCAGCCCUCAGGACUGGCUGCUGGGGCAGUGACUGGCAGCUGCAGAUGGCUGCUCCUGAUGCCUGCCUCCCAGUCUGCUGGGCUUGCUUGAGUCAGGGAAUGGGAGGAAGCUGUCCAUAGAGCCACUUAGGUGGAGCAGGCCUAGAUGACUGCAGGGGAGAGCAACCUUGGAGGGACUGAGCAGAAGCAGCCAGGAUGGGGAGGACCUUUUAUUGUCCCAGAGCUCCAGGCGCUGGCUCCUCCAACCGUAGCGGGCCUGUUCCCUCCUCGGAAGGCUGGGCUUGGUUCUGCUUAUUUUUCAGGAACAUUUCAUAGCUGCUGCUGGGCCCUGCUCACUCCAUGCCUGCUACAUCUGAGCCACCGUCAACUGUUUCCAGGGUCAUAGGCUGCUGCUAGUUCUUCUUGUAGGUUCUUGGCUACCAGGCACUGGUGCCACUUUUCAAAGGUCUGGAAGCAGGGCAUCAGAAGAAAAGCCACUUGUCUCGGGCUCCCUCCAGGGCCUGUACUGGGCCUGUCAGACUGACACCUAAGCCUUGUUCUGUGUGUCUCAACCAGAGGCCCUUUCCUCUGCCCUGGCAGCCAGCCCACCCUGUCUCUGCCCAAACAUCCAGGCUCAGAAUAGACUGGACUUGUGACCUAGGAAGCUAUGCCCAGUGACCUGCAAAUAAGACGGCUGUGCUGGACCCAGGCCCUGCAGGGACCAGCAUGAGGAGCCACUGCCACAAACAGCCUGGUUCUCAGACUGAGUGAACUUGACACUGCACUGUACUUAAGGCCACUAGUCAAGAGCUGUAAUGUCCCGGCUGUGUGCUCUGUAACCAGUGACCAACUCAGCUGAAUGAGGAGAGCCCACAGUGGUGAGCAGGGACACCCCUUCCUCUCCCUGACUCAGCCUGUAGGUGGCACUGGUUUUGGAAGGCAGGCUGGGUGACAUGAGGUAAAGUCACCUGGGAAAGGACCCAGCUGUCUUCUCUGUGGCGUAGCUGUUGAGCCACCGGAAGCUGAAGGAACUUUGUCCACCAUGUCCUCUGCGCCUGUUCCAGGUGCCAUUGUCUGAGCUACAGAGCCCAUCCCUACGGCUUUGUAUGUGAGAUGCAGUUAGUGUCUCCAGUUAGCCGAGGGAUCGAUAGGAUGAAUGGGAAGUUGCUCCCAGGGCCUCUGCUUGGUAGAGAGGAAGUAAGCCACCUACCAGGGUCCAAGACCCUGGCUCCACCCAGUGAACAUCUACCCAGCGCUGCCGUGCCCUUGCCAGGCAAAACCCGGCUUUGCCAACACUGUAGGUGCCUAUUCCUGCAGGCCAAGAGCAUCAUAGCCUCUUCAGGGGUGAAGAGCAAGAGCCCCAGGCUUGGCCAUCCUGCCAGAGUUGAAAAGCCCCUGGCCUGAGCGGGCUGAGCACUCCUCUCCAUGCACAGCUGACCCUUCCCUAGCCAUCUUUGAGGAGCCUCGCCUGGUCUCAGAGCUGCAGAGCUCACCUGGUCCUGUAGGAGGCCAGCAGAGGGCCAUGCAGCCAGUGGUAGCCAGAACUGGAGGAUUGGGCAGAGGGUUCUCCCUGUGUCACCUGGAAAGGAGAAUUGGGUCGGGAAAAGAUGAUAUGUCGAUUUAGAAGAAGCCACCCCUCAAGUCUCCAGACGAUGGUCUGGCCCAAGGCUCUAAUGAAAAAAGAAGGGGAUUCUCCAAACAGCUGGGACACUCAAGAAGAGAUGAACAGCAGCAUUGUUUCACAGGGCUUGGCCUGAGGGCUGAGACCCAAGCACCCAGCUCCUUAAUCAAAGCCCAGGAUGUGGUCCUCUGUAUGCCUCCUCUGGGUGGCCAUGUCAGGCUGGGCAGCAGACUCUAGAACAGGUGACCAGCAGCUGUGAGUCUGAGGGAACAGCAGGGCAAGGGUCAACUGCAGUGGCUUGAGCCUGCUGACCAAAAGCACGCUCCCACCUGUAUGCAGAAAGGGGUUCACCUGAUACUCGGGAGUCCCAAGACUCCCCCCUAGCAAGGCGAGCCAUCAGUACGUGGCACUACUACUCUUGACCAUCCUCCCCGUUGGCUGACGACAUCUGAGCAGAGGCUGGUCCAAUAAUAGCUGCUCUGUGGUGGAAGUCAAGCUCAGGAGGCCAGCCCUGAGAUUGACAUUAUGCUCCUGAAUUACGCUUUAGGGUGUUGCUGAAGCCUUGUUUCUCCCAUGUGGUCUCACACCUAAUGCAACAUGCCUAGGGACUCCUAGCACCACAGAACAGCUCACCACCUGCACCUGUUGCCAAGGGAAGGUCACCUGGACGUGCAAGUACCUGUGGUAAAGAGCAGGAGCCAGAGUGCCAUUCUCAGUGUCUGCUGUGUUUCUAGAAACCUUGGUUUAUCAGCGUACCAGCCUUGUCUUCACUAACAAGAGAAUGAAAGCAUAUAUACUUGAAAUUUCACGAUGUUGAGGCAAGACAACCAGAGGCUGCCUCAUGAGCUUGAAGCCACCUGGGAUAUACAAGCUGGGUCUACAAAGCCUAUAACAUCAACAAGUCAAACAGCAUGAGACCCCAUGGUGUGCUAUCACCCUGAGCCCACACAGAAAUUCUAAAACCCAGCAACGCUAGUCUUGCUAUUCCAUUUCAAAGGCAAAGCCACUUUGAUGGUUAACUUUGAUGGUUAAGUUAAUUCUGUUCUUCCUGGCAAUCUGAAGCAAAACUCUUGGUGAUGCCAAAUCGUCCUUAGGAACAGUGUCUAGCCUGUCAGGAACUUGGGCUGGGUCCCCUAGUUACAUCUCCAGACCUGUAGGCAGUGCUGUUUCUUGCACCUGGCAUCUGUGAUUAUCUCUUCCGUCCUGAUAGGCCAUCAGCCUCUUGCUGUUAUGUCAGAGCUAAGGACUUCUGGUCUGAAGAUGACAUUUUGGUACAAAAAAAAAAA